AUGGCCUCAUGCCCUGCAGAGACCAGGCUGUCUGUCCCGCAGGGCUGUCUGCCUGACCUGCACUUUGUCAGGGCACAGUGUCUGGGUCCCUCGGGAGCUUGUAGAGUGGACGCUGUGGAGUCCGUCCUCCAACCCCCUGCAGAGCGCCCUGUAAAUUCCAGAAGGACUGUGGGCUGGGCUAUUCAUCUCAUUCGUCACAGCCGCCAGAGUGCUCCUGUUAGCACAUUGUCAGGACACGUCACCCCCCUCUCAGGCACCUGCACUAGCUCCUGGCCCAAACAGCAUGAAAGCGUGAGCCGGGACCAAGGCCCCACAUGGCCCGAGGACCCAUGCACCUGGCCCCGCUCACCUCUCCAGCUGGUCGCUGCAGCAUCCUCGCUGUCUCCCCAGUUUAUUGGGGACCCUCCUGCUGCUGAGCCUUGCACUGGCUGUUCCCUUCUGGAAAGUGAGUUGAAGUCCUUGUGGACACUAAAGUGAGACCCACUGUCUUAAUUCCUUGGCACUAUCCCUGUCCCCACCCGGAUUUGGGACUUCAUCCCCGACACCUCCAAGGAGGCUUCUGGACAGAGCAGCACCGUGCAAGUUGAGCUGGACCUCACAACCUGCACCACCUUGACUCUCACCAGCUGCCAAAUGCUGUUACUGGACAAGAACCCAGAUGUCCUCCUCAGGGACAGCUACUGCCACAUCCACCGCCACCUGGACGUGCAAGCUCGUGAUGCCCUCGCGGGGAACCGGGAGCGGAAGAGGCCCUUCUUGAUGCUUGUGGUCAACUCCCAAACUCAAGUGGACAUUAAGUCCCGUGGGCAGCCAGACUUAGACCUAUACCUUGCCCAGAAGGCUGAGUGACCGAGGAAACAGAUGGGAGUGGUGGAAAAGGUGGAAGAGCACUGCCAUCCAUCGAAUGGACUGAAAUUUUCUCAGGUCUUCUUUGCUUUGAAUCAGGCCCUCUGUCGGUAGGAAAGCCUACAAGCAGGCAGCCUUCAGAUCCCCUACGUGACAGAGGAGGUCAUCAAACACGGUGACUGUGGCGAACUCAGCUCCGGUGUCUUCAGCCAUGACAGCUCCCAGGUGGCUGCCCUUGCUUCUGCUGAGCUCACAGACAUCUGAACAAGGAUAAAGACAUUACCUGCUGACACCUGGAAGCAAAGCUUGAGGUCAUGCAGGGCUUUAAAAAUAAAACUGGGCAGAUUUAGACGUCAUUGAAUGAGCUGCUUCAGCUAGCAAAUGAUUUUGUUAGGAAACCUUGAAGAACUUAGAAGGUUCAUUCCAGGACCCCAGCCAAAGGUUGAAGCUUCAGAGGAUUCAGCAGCUGCUUCAAGGCUUAGGCAGCACGAACCAGCCUUUAGUGGGAGCAGAGCUCUGAGCCUGGUGGUCUCCCAGUUGACUUGGGUAAUGCUUUUGAGAAAAGAUGGAGCAAAACCUUGGCUGCACCUUUCAGUGACUUCUAUGAACAUGUGAUCAUUAUGCAACUGAAUGUGUUCAUGGUCUUCUUACAGAGGUGGCACCUGAGUUGCUGGGAAGGUGACCAGCAUUUCCAGACAGGGAGUGUGGCCGAGCUGGUGGAGUGAGUGCAUGCCCAGAUCAGGCCUUAACUGUGGGUCACCAAGGAGAAGUAAGUGGCUGCUCAGGCCUCAGAGGCAUGGUAGCCUCCGUACUUUUAUCCACAAUCUCCCCAUGGGACACACGUGGCUUUCCCACGUGGCUUUCCCUCUCCCUAAGAGCAUGUGGAAGUUCAAGUGCCAGCUAAGCAUCCGAGAUGGGUGGGCAUGCUGUCUCCACCCACCAGGAACUGUGCCCUUGUGCUGGUUUGGAUGUAUUAU